ACCGCAGAAAGGAAGCUCACCUUUUAACAUCUCAGCACUUGCUCCUCUGCAAGAAAAACAAACGCAAUGGACGUUGCAGCAUCCGCAGACAAGAAGGGACCCCCCAAAUUCAAGCAGAGGGCCGCCCGCGUCUUCAAGAGCAAGGCCCCCAAGCCUGGCCAGAAGGGAUUUGGUGAUGACAUUCCUGGGAUGGAGGGCCUUGGCACAGACUUCACAGUGGUCUGCCCAUGGGAGGCGUUUGGCGACAUGGAGCUCAGUGACCUGGCUAAAUACGGAAUUGUAUAAUUCCCACCACAUCCUUCCCUGCUUCGUCUCCCUUCGCUCUUCCGUACCUACCUCCUUCAGACGGAUCCCCGAGCCGGCGUUGUGACACAGGAGUGUGUACUUUCACACUCCGU